GAUGUUUUGAAAUCGUCGAUGAAAUCGAUGUUCUUCCACCUCUAUCCAGCAGGCACAUGUGUUUCUGCGUAUUUACAAAAGAUUUCUCAAAAACAAUCCAAUAAUGGUAAAGGGAAAGAAGCCGUACAUUGACCGCAAGAAGGCGGUCACCUUCCAUUUGGUGCACCGCAGUCAGCACGAUCCGCUGGUGACCGACGAGAAUGCUCCACAGCGGGUGCUCCUGGAGGCGGCUGCCCGUCAGCAGAAGCCCAAGGAUGAACCAGCCGCCGAUCCAGCCAAGAAGCAGGAGGAGCUGAAGAAGUUCGGCAUCCACUUCGACGACGACUACGACUACAUGCAGCACUUGAAGAAGCGCGAGAACGAUGUGGUAUGGGAGUUCAUGGAGAACCCCAAUCAGGCCAGGAAACAGCGACCAGAUACGGAGAAGCCAGGCCCGGCGCCUAAGCUGGUCCUGCCCAGCUCUGUAUUCGCCAGCGAGUUCGAGGAAUCCGAGGGCAUGCUGAACAAGGCGGCUCCGCAAACUUUGCGACUCGACUGGGAUCCUGAUGUGGUGGCCGCCUUGGACAGCGAUUGCGAGAACGAGGAUCUGGAGGAUGACUUCGUGAUGCAGGCCAUGGCUGAGGGCGAAUCCGAUGACGAGGAGUGGGAUGGCGAGGAGGAGGAGGGGUCCGACAUGGACUUUGAUUCCGACGAUCUGAACGAGGAGGAAGACGAGGACGAGCUGAUGGAUCGCCUGGCGCCGUUGAUGCGCGAGCGUCGCUUUGACGACGAGGAGGUCAAGUCGCGCUUCACAGAGUACUCCAUGUCCUCCAGCGUGAUCCGGCGCAACGAGCAGCUCUCCCUGCUGGACGAUCGCUUCGAAAAGUUCUAUGCCAGCUACGAUGAUCCGGAACUGGGCGACCUGGCUCUGGAGGAUAUCGAGGGCAACUGGCACCAGAAGCACCCUGUUGUGAUGCAGUGCUUCAAGGAGUUCAAGAAGAAGGACAAGACCAUCGAGUACAACAAGGAGUGGGAUCGCGAGCGCAUUGAAAAGUAUCGGAAUGUGGUCGAAGGUGAGCAGGAUCCUACGGAGGAGCUGGUGGAGUACGAGGUGGACGACCCUAAGCAGAAGAAAUGGGACUGCGAGUCCAUACUCUCGACCUACUCGAAUAUCUACAAUCACCCCAAGCUAAUCGACGAGCCGCGACGCAGUCGUCGCUCCAGUGCCAGCACAAACCCAGCUCCUAUCCAGAUCGAUCCCAAAACCGGGCUGCCUACGAAUGUCCUGCGUGGUGGAGUCGAUGGUCAACUGACAGCCAAGGCAUUGGCCAAUCUGGCCGACGAAUCCCCCGAUGCCACGGGUCCAAAAUCACUUUGCGCCAAAUCGGUGAUGUCCACAUUAAGCGUCCUGUCCAUUAGGCCGAAGGACGAAUCCCCUGAAGAGAAGAAGGAACGGAAGCGCCUGCUAAAGGACUAUCGCAACGAGCGCCGCAUCGAAAAGAAGGCCAACACGGAAGCCUUCAAGGAGGAGAAGAAGCGGCAGACGCACGUGAAGAUCAACCAGCGAACCAACCAGCAAGGAGCCUCCAUUGUCUAGCUUAAGUUCCUGGCUCUUCUUCUCUAGGCUAAAAUGUGAAUUGUAUACACAGUCGUAUAUAUUAAGUGAUAUCUAUAAACGAAAAAUUGGAUUAACUGA